GGCCGGCAGGUGGAGAAGAUGGAGCAAGAUGGAUUUUGGCCGAAAUUAUGCUAAUUUUCUCACCGAAGAAACAUUUAAUCUCAAUACAGUUUUCUGUGCUCAAAACUAAAAUAUGUUACGAACAGAGUGGACUAGGUUUAGUAGAUUUGACCCUUUGCCAAAGUUUAUUUAAAAAAUKGCGUUGUUUAGAAGGAGUGCAAGGGCGAAGUGAGUUACGGAAAUAUGCAAACACAUGCUAGAACACGCCAAUAGGAUCGCUCUUUGUGAGACCAAUCGAAAGCGAGAGGGGCGGGAUAAAUCUAUACGACGCUGUUUGCUGCCGGGGAAACUGAGUUUUGGGGUUGUGCAGAAUUUUGCCGGGCGGGAACUCCCGCCAUUUUUUCAACCCAGGUGUUAACCUCUUGCAUAUUUCUAUUAAGUUGUUACAACCCUUUACAAUUAUUGUAACAACUUCAACUUUCAAGGACGGAAACUGCGAGUCAAAAAAAAAUCGCUCCAUUAGAAGAGGCCUAGUCUUUGGAGAACGGAGUGUAGAGAGCGCGCCAGAUCCCCUGACGGGAACCUCCGCUGUUGCCGCGAGUUCGAGAAUCCUGUCAGCUCGCCUCUCCAUCCUCCUUUAGGACUAGCUAGCAUAAGUUUAUCCGUAUAGCCUACCCGAAGAGUCCAUUAUCAGUUCACACUUUUAAACAGCUGUUUUUGACUAGUUCGUCUUGAUAAACAAUGACACAACUACCGGCGAACAGAACAAGGAUGCGAUUUGACUGCUAACAAGAAGUGCUGUGUUAUUGUUUUGCAGCGAGGAUUUAGCCGAAUAGCUAGCUAGCUUGCUACACGUUGAAUGCUCCUGGAAUAUUUUGGGAUACUUGACUACAUGCUAAGGCCAUAUUGUCAUAUUUUGCGUAGUUUUGUACUAGGAGUUUUAUUUUUUAAGACGUCAUCGCUGCCGUUUCGUACUCAGGAUGGCACCACUGCUGGGCCGGAAACCCUACCCGCUGAUUAAGCCGCUAGCCGAGCCGCCAGGCCCAGAGGAGGAGGUCUAUAUCAUCGAACACACCAAGGAGGCCUUCAGGAACAAAGAAGAGUAUGAGGCGCGCCUGCAGAGGUACGCCGAACGCAUCUGGACAUGCAAGAGUACCGGCAGCAACCAGCUCACACACAAGGAGGCCUGGGAGGAGGAGCAAGAAGUCACUGAACUGCUUCAGGAGGAAUACCCACUAUGGUUUGAGAAGCCCGUCCUGGAGAUGGUUCAUCACAACACGGUCUCCCUGGACAAGCUGGUGGACCAGGCCUGGGUGGAGAUCCUCACCAAGUACGCCGUAGACGAAGAGUGUGACUUUCUGGUGGGGAAGGAAAAGAGUUUGCGGGUUAAGGUCGUGAAGAUACAUCCCCUUGAAGGGAACGCUGAGGGGGAGACGUCGGAGAAGAAGCUAGAGGGAGCCUGCGACUCUCCUUCCAGCGACAAGGAGAAUGCCAGCCAGGAGAACCAGAAGAAGGAACAACAGCUGACCAGAGAGGAGAUCCCCAGGGAGACCAGGGAAAGCAGAAGAGAGAGCCUCAGUGAUCGAGCACGGCGCUCCCCCAGGAAAACUCCCACCGCUAUGAAGGAGGAGAAGAAGAGAUGGGUGAUGCCAAAGUUCCUGCCACACAAGUACGACGUGAAGCUGAUCAGCGAGGACAAGGUCAUCAGUGAUGUCCCAGUGGACAGCCUCUUCCGGACUGAGCGCCCUCCAACCAAGGAGAUCAUGCGCUACUUCAUCCGCCACUAUGCACUCCGGCUUGGGAUGGGAGAGACGGCCCCCUGGGUGGUGGAGGAUGAACUGGUGAAGAAGUUCAACCUGCCCAGCAAAUUCAGCGACUUCCUCCUGGAUCCACACAAGUUUUUCGCAGAGAAUCCAGUCUCAACCAAGCGCAGGAGCCUGAGCUCAACGGAGGGCAAACCCAGUAAGAAGCUGAAGACCUCGAACACCCCGGGAGGAGGGAAUUCAGGGAACGAGAAAACGGAUUCUCUUGGCAUGCCCCUGAGCCCCACAAUCUGGGGCCACAUGCAGAUGACAAUGAAUGGCUCGCCUCUGAAGGUAAAGAAUUCUGGAACCCCCAAGAAAAGAGAUGGUGGGGCCUCUGUCCUCUCCUCUCCAAAAUCCAGCAAAAAACCCAGAGAUAAGAAAUCUGCUGCUGCCAAAAAGACCCCCGGCAAGAGCGGUCAGAAGAUAUCCUCCAAAAAGGAUGAAAAAGGUGGAGGCGCCAAGAAGCCCAAGAUGAAGCAGAUGACCCUGUUGGACUUGGCCAAGAACCCUCUCUCCGCUGGAAGCCCCAAGAAGAGAGCCCGGAGCACUGGCCCAGGGACCCCCAAACUGGGCAAGCCCCUGCACCCCAUGGCCCUGCACCUGCUGCGCUACUACAAGGAGCACAAGGGCAAGGAGGACAAGAGGAAUGCCAUGUCCUGUCUCAUAUCCAAGGCAGCCAAGGCCCUCUCGUCUGAGGACCGGGGCCGGCUGCCAGAGGAGCUCCAAGACCUGGUCCUGAAGCGCUGGGAGCUGCUGGAGCAGAAGAAGAAAUGGGCGGCCAUGAGUGAGGAGGAGAAGCAGGACGUGAUGAGGAAGAGGCGUGAGGAGAUCAGGGAGAAACUCCGGGAGAAGACCAAGGAGCGGCGGGAGAAGGAGCUGCAGGUGCGCCGUGAGCAGCAGCGCCGCUAUGAGGACCUGGAGAUUGAGGGCGGCAAGGCACUUCCUGUCUUCAAGCUGGUUGACAUGCCAGAGGGCCUGCCCAACUCCCUGUUCGGAGACGUGGCCAUGGUAGCGGACUUCCUCAACUGCUACGCGGGCCUGCUGAUGCCCGAUGACCAGUACCCGGUGACGGCAGUGGCCCUGAUGGAGGCUCUGGCUGGGGAGGAAGCAGGUUUCCUAUACCUGAACCGUGUGCUGGUGGUGCUGCUGCAGACCCUGCUGCAGGAUGAGCUAGCUGAGGGCUACAGCGAGCUCGACAUGCCCCUGUCGGAGAUCCCCCUCACUCUCCACUCUGUCUCGGAGCUUGUGCGCCUGUGCCUGCGGCCGUGUGACGCCCACGGUGAUGACUCUGGCCAGGGCUCUGGGGGGGAUGACUGGGGGCCCCUAGGGGGAUUUGACCAGGUGGUAAGCGGCGAGUUCCUCGAGCAGCUGGAGGCGGUGGAGGUGUUUGAGCUGACGUCGACGGAGAAGGCCAGCCUGCUGGUAGCACUGUGUCACCGCAUCCUAAUGACCUACUCGGUGGAGGACCACGUGGACUCCAUGCAGCAGCGCUCGGCCGAGCUGUGGAAGGAGAGGUUGGCCUCACUCAAGGAGGUCAACGACCGCAAGCGGGCUGAGAAGCAGCGGCGUAAGGAACAAGCCGAGGUCAAAGGCGAGGAGGCUGCCAGUAGCGACACCCCAUCAGCCACCGCCGGCGACACGCCAUCAGCCACCGCCAAGGUGGAGAAAAAGAAAGAGGGUAGCGCUAAGAAAGAGGUGAAGAAGGUGAAAGCAGAGCCGGUGGCCGCGGAGCCGGUGGUCACGGAGUCGGAAGACAUGAUCAGUACGGUGAAGAGUAGGAGACUGAUGUCCAUCCAGGCCAAGAAGGAAAAGGAGGAGCAGGACAAACAGAACAAGGAGCGCAUGGAGAAGGAGGCGGAGGAGGAACGUGUCCGCAAGCAGAAGGCUGCAGCAGAGAGGGCCUUCCAGGACGGCAUCGCCAAAGCCAAACGGGUGCUGAGGAGAAUCCCACUGGGAACUGAUCGAAACCAUAACAGGUACUGGCUGUUUUCUGAUGUGGUGCCUGGCCUGUACAUAGAGAAGGGCUGGGUGCACGAGAGCAUUGACUAUAGCUACACCCUCACCCUGGAAGAGGCUACAGCCGAGCCUGAAGACGAGGAGGCCACCAAAGAGGAGACUAACGAUGUUGAGGACGGUGGCAGUCUAGAUGGUGCUCUGAGCGAGGGAGCCCACCAGGGGGCGCCAGCCGCCGUCUGCAUAGAGACCACCACUCCCAACCAGGGACAGAACCUCUGGUUUGUGUGUGAUGCUCCACGGGACCUUGAUGACCUGGUGGAGAGCCUCCAUGCACAGGGUGUGAGAGAAAGCGAGCUGAAGACCAAGCUGCAAGUCAGGUACCAGGACAUCCUCCACUCUAUCAACCUAACCCGCAAGGGGAACCCGGGGCUGAGGAGCUGCGACGGCCACCAGGAGCUGCUCAAAUACAUGCGCAGCGACGUCAUCGAGGUGGCCUCGCGCCUCCAGAAGGGAGGCCUGGGCUACAUGGACGACAGCAUGGAUGAGUUUGAGAAGAAGGUGCGUGACCUGGAGAACCUGAAGGAUUUUGGGGAGUGUGUCAUCACUCUCCAGGCUUGUGUCAUCAAGAAGUUCCUGCAGGGCUUCAUGGCCCCCAAGCAGAAGAAGAAGAAGAAGCAGGAAGGGGAGGAGAGCAGGAAGACUGAGGAGGUGGAUGAGGAGAAGAAGCUGGCAGAGGAGGCCAGGGUGGCGACGGCAGUAGAAAAGUGGAAGACGGCGAUCCGCGAGGCUCAGACCUUUUCCCGAAUGCACGUGCUGCUGGGCAUGCUGGACGCCUGCAUCAAGUGGGACAUGUCGGCGGAGAACGCACGCUGCAAGGUGUGCCGCAGGAAAGGUGAGGAUGACAAGCUCAUCCUGUGUGACGAGUGCAACAAGGCCUUCCACCUGUUCUGUCUGCGCCCCGCCCUUUACCGCAUCCCCCAGGGGGAGUGGCUGUGCCCCGCCUGCCAGCCUGCCGUACAAAGACGCUGCUCCCGUGGAAGAAACUACAACGAGGACACUGAGGAAGAGGAGGAUGAAGAGGAAGAAGAGGAUUCUAAAUCGGAGGACUCUGAUGAAGAUGACGAGGAGGAUGCUGAUUACAAGGCCGUGGGCCACAGCUUGAGAUCAAGGAAGAAGACCAAGCACUCUAAAGCAUCGAAGGCAUCCAGUAAGGGUGGAUCUAAGAAGCACUCUCCCCCCAGUAAACCCAGGAAACAGAGGGCUGCCCAAAGCAGCCCUGCAGACCUCGAUGAGCUGGUGCAUCAGAGCUCAAAGACAGGUGUGCGUCGGCAGACCCUGGAGCUGGAGAGGUGCGAGGAGAUCCUUCAGAAACUGGUCAAAUUCCGUUACAGCUGGGCGUUCAGAGAGCCGGUGUCAGUAGAGGAGGCGGAGGACUACUUUGACAUCAUCUCCAGCCCCAUGGACUUCCAGACUAUGCAGGCCAAGUUCAGCGAGGGCCAGUAUCGGCACGCCCAGGACUUCCUGGAGGACGUCAAGCUGGUGUUCUCCAACGCCGAGGAGUACAACCAGCCGGGCAGCUCGGUGCUCUCCUGCAUGGCCAAGACGGAGCAGAGCUUCACUGAGCUGCUCCACAAGCUGCUGCCCGGCCUCAGCUACCUGCGCCGCCGCCAGCGCAAGAGAGUCAGUCGGACCCCCCAGGUCUCAGAGGAUGAGGAAGAGGAGACGCCGAAGGUUCGGAAGAUGCCGAAUGGGAAAGGCAAGGUGGGUCGGCCCAGGAAAGCAGUGGUGGAGCAAAGGAGGAGAGAGGAGGAGGAGAGCGAGGAAGAGCGAAGCGCGAAGAGGAAGAGCAAGCGGGAAGUGGCCUCUUCCUGCCGGAGGGACUACCGGGAGCAGGAGAGCGAUGGCGAUGAGUGCGACAACCGGAGAACUCUGCAGCGGGGGGCUGAUUGCAGGGAUAGUGACGAGAACAGGGGCGGCCACCGACAUUCCAAGCGGCAAAAACGCUCAUAAUGAAGUCCAGGGUGCUUUUUCUGUUUUGUCUUUUGAAAUUUCUGCCCCUAAAUGAAGCAGAACCCACCUCCCAAUUCUGAGGAAAUGGGGCUCAACUUCUCAGAUGGAGUUUUUUUGGUUUUGUUAAUAUUUUUUAGUAAAAAAAGAAACUGAUUUAUAUUUGUAAUGCGAUUUAAUAUUUGACAUUUUUCAAACCGAGAAAUUUACAUUUAAGAAGAGAGGAUUUGUCAGAGCUUAGAGACCCC